AUGUACGUGUGGGGCGGAAGGGAGAAUCUGGAACCGGGUGUACAAAUGUGGCAACCACGUUUGCUUGGAGGGUUCACUAAGGGGAAUCUUUUGAAUCUACUAAGACUAAUGUCAAGUCCUCUUCGAGUGUGGUUUCAAAACAGACGAGCCAAAUGGAGGAAACGAGAGCGCUUUGGCCAGCUGAACACUAUGAGAGCUAUGGCUUCUGCAACAAACCACGGAUAUGAUGUUCAUCUGGGACCCAGGCACGACAUGUACCACCCACACGUCCAGAAUCCAGAUCCAUCAGUGAUGUGGAUGGAGAUGUACAAUCAUUAUGGAAACAACGUGUGGCCUCCUGUGUCGGCAGUCAAAGGAUACCAUUUUUCUAUGGAUGCCGCGCAGUCUUUAGGCAGCAAAUGGCACCCUGCUGUGACACCGAUGUACCCGUCCUGGAGCAGCUCACAACUGCUGACUCCGGCGUCACAACACCAACAUCCGUCGCCGGAAACACUUCACGGCGCAUGCGGCCAGCAACAAGGGCACGACAUCGGCUCCAUGUACUCGUCCAAUAAUAACUUUCAGCACUGCUCUACUGAUGCGGGUGGUCCUUGA